UCAAAUGCUUUUUUUGGCAUUAAUGUCAGUUUGUAAUAGAAUAUAAAUCUGAAAUAAAUUUUGUCACCCAAACUCAACCAAAGUGAAGUUGUAAGGAAUUCAAACAUUAAUUAUAUUGUUAUUUUUCACAAUUUGUUUAUAAAAUAUGUCCGAAGAGCCUGCCUUUGAAAAUAACAUGGAAAUCAUUGAAGAAGAUUUCGUUGUAGAGGAAAAUUCAGAACCAAUAUACACUGUUGACAUCAAAGAAGAAAACGAUUAUCAUUCCGAAGAAAUAUUAAUUUUCGAUGAGUGCGAAGAAUAUGGAUACAAAAUUCCAUUAGAAAAAGCAUACAGUCGUUCGAGUGAAAACCAAGUAUUUACACCCGCCGAAGAACAGUCACAAAAAAAUGAUAAAAGCUUAAAGUUAUUUCGGGAAAAUAAUGGAGCUCUAAAUCAAAACGAAGAGAUUAUCAAAUUGGAAACAAGGAAUAUAAUCUGCCAGUCAUGUGAGAAUACUUUUCAAACCAUGCAAGAAGCAGAAUAUCAUGACUGUAAAAGUGCUAACACUUUUAGUGACAUUAUUAUCUGCGAAAGUUGUCAGACUAUUUUGGGAAAUGAAGAAGAUAUGGAGAAACAUCAGUGUCACAACACCCGUGAGGAAAAUAUCACAUCUUUAUUCACUUGUCCUGAUUGUCCCAAAUCUUUUUCACUGAUAACAAUGCUUCAAAAACACCAAAACUCACAUAGAACGAAAAAAACACUCAACCAAAAAUUAGCAAAAGAAAAGAAAAAAAAUGAUAAAUGUGAAGGUGAUCUGAAUCACUGUUCUGUUUGCAAUACGACUUUUUCAUCACAAAAAAAUCUUAAACUUCAUUCUAAAAUGCACACGAGGACACAAUCUAAAACUAUAGAGGAAGCUAUGCCUAUUGGCUCUCAUACACGCGAAAAAAAUAAUUUUUUUUGCGAAAUUUGUAACAAGAGCUUUAAUCACUCGCUUCUAUUUGUACAUCAAAACAUGCACCAAAACAUUGAAGAGCAUAAUUGCAGUAUAUGUAACCGACAGUUUGAAAACCAGAUAAGCUACGAUAUGCAUAUGCAAUUACAUGCUGAUCAGCCUACAAGGAUUAGGCCACAAAUAGGGACGAAACCUGGAGCAAGAUUUGCAUGUACCUACUGCGGCAAAGAGUUUUUGAGACCACACGAAAAGGUAAAGCACGAGCGGAUUCAUACUGGAGAAAAACCAUAUGAGUGUGAAGUAUGUGGGAAGUCUUUUCGGGUAUCUUACUCACUUACUUUGCAUUUGCGAACUCAUACGGACGUUCGGCCUUUUGUUUGUGCGCAAUGUAACAAAAGAUUUAAAUCUUACGCUGUUUAUUCUCACCACUUAAAUACGCACUCAGAAGAUAGACCAUAUAAAUGUCCAAUGUGCCCGAAAUCUUUCCGAACUUCAGUUCAACUUUGUGGCCAUAAAAAUAGUCAUACUAAGCCGUAUAAUUGUCCAGAAUGUAAUAGACCGUUUUCAAGCUUAUACGCUGUAAAAAUGCACAUGAAAACCCAUAAUAAGGCAAACAAAUCCAACGAAAAUUUAAAGCAUCGAUGUGAUACUUGUGGGGCGGUUUACGCUCGAAUGUUUGCUCUGCGUUUUCAUAUGAAGGAACAACAUUCUUCAGAUUUUUUAGAAAACGAAGAGACAAAUGUUAACAAAGACGAUGAAUCUAAUACUAUAACAAAUGAAUGCUUAAAUGAAGAUGAAGUUUCUACACAAGCUAUCUUAUCGGGAGAAGAGAUUGUCAUUGAUAAUUUUCAACCAGAAGAAAUUGUGACCGAUUGGUUAACGCAGAAAUAAAGCUCUAAAGUUUAUUUCCAUGCAACUAGAUAUCCGAGUUGGAAUCAAAAGCCGUAUUUUAUUAUCCACGAAACAUGUAAUGCAAUAAAAAUUGAGAUCCUGCUUUUUAUGUAGGCUUAUUAUAUUAUACAUAUGUUGAUAUUGCUGUAUUAUAUCUUGAUAAAGUAGUAUACAAAUAUUUAAUGUAUGACAACAAGGAGAAAAUGAAAGAUAUAAACUUAUUACAUUCAUGUAUUACUAUAUCGUUUUAUUUUUAUAAUUUAUUUUAUGGUAAAUGCAGAAGUAGUAUUUUUAGAUGCUUAAUCUAAUUAAGGAACAGAAUCAAGAUGAAAAAAAAAAAACACUUUUAAGAAUAAUUUAAUGCAUUCGCCGUACACAAUAAGUAAUGUUAGUUUUUAAUUUGUUGAGUAUAUCUCCUCAAGUAUGUAUGUAUCAGAGCAAAAAAAAUUGUCAUGGGUCGAGGAUAUUGUAUAUCACUCAAAAUCAUUUAUUUUGUGUAUCUGUUGAUCUUGUCAUCCGUAUAAAAAUAACAUUUGCAACCUUUUUUGUAAGUUGUCUAAAAAGCAAUUUUAUUACAUUUAACUAAUUUUUUUUAGGUGAUCUGUUAAUAAACAUGUUCUCAUGCCAUA